AUCAGAUAACAUUUCUAACAGGUAUUGAUUUAUGACUGGUUUUAAAUUAUUCAACGCACAAUAACAUCCAUUUAAAUCUUAUACACAUAGACAUACCUGCUGCCUUAAAUAGAUCCCAGUAAUAUUUAUCAACCAUAAAGAUCAAAUACUAAUUACAACAUGUACAAGGAAGAAAAUUAUUCUCACUUUCUUGUCUAAAAUGUAAUGAUGGAAAUCGAUAGUGAGUGCGUCCAGUGAAGCGUUGAUGAACAAGAGAGCAAUAAUUCCACAUUUACAACGGACAGUAUUAUUAUAAGUGAUGAUUUAAGAUCAAAAGUCUAGCGUAGUGGCAAAUCGGAAGGUUUUCCAGUUUCAAAUAAUAACAGUAGGAUACAUUAUGUUCAAAAUAAAUGUGCUGGUCCGGAUAUACCGACCAUACUUCAACCACAAGAAACAGUGAUAAACAGUAAUAUGGAAAACUUUGAACAAGCAAAUAACUUACUUGAAAAGAAACAACAAGUACUGUUCUCACAAAGACAACAUGGAGGCAGAAAUGAAAGCAGAAGUAAUAGUAAUAGACAUGCAAAGUUUAGAUCAUAUUCGAAAUACAAUAUUCGGGAACAAUCUUUUAUUGGCUGGACAUCAGACUGUGUUUUACCUAUAUGGAUGUUUGCUAAGGCAGGUUUCUUUUACAAAGGUUUUGCUGACAUUGUGGCUUGUUUUGAGUGUGGUAUAAUACAUCGAAGAUGGCAAAAGGAUGAUGAUCCUGUCAAAAAACAUAUUCUGCUGCAACCAGAAUGUCCGUAUAUAAUGAAUUUUAUAGAAGAAGGCAUACAAUCCUGUGAACAGCUCCAGAGAUUCGGAAGCAACAGUUGUGGUGAGAAUAUCGAAAUGAGUGAUGUUUCUGAACGAACAAAUAACGUUGCAACUGCGUAUUCAUCUUCGAGUUCAUCAACAAAUUCAAGACUACAGUGCAAAGUUUGCCUGAUAAAUCCACUGCAGAUUACAAUCCAACCGUGUGGCCAUUUUGCCAUAUGUGAAGCCUGUUGUUCUCGUCUUAAAUAUGGAAACAACAGAUGUCCUAUUUGCAGAGGACCAAUAGACAAUACCGUUCGAACAUAUGUCACAUAGGAAUAUUUACAUUUUAUAUAUUCAUUACUCGACAAAUAGCUUUGAAUUUUUUUCAACUCGUCUAACAAAAAUAAAACAAAUGUUUGGUGUUCCUUAUAUCUGCUGUGAUGUAAAAAAAAAACUGUUAGCCUAAAAUGUCAUACAAUAAAAAAAAAUAUUUCGGGAAUAUAUGUAUCCGAAUUUACUAAGCUAAAGGACAAGGUAACAAAAAAAUGCAUCAAUCAUGUCAUAAAAUUAACAUUAACGGACAACUGAAAAAUAGGACUAACUACAAAUCAUUGAUUUAGGGGUUUCAUUUUAAGUUUCGAUACCGACAUACAUACUACUUAACGUUUCAUAUGACAUUCAUUUAUUUCUUCAUUAAGGUCAUCUCACUAUAAAUGAUUUCAUCAUUUCACCAAACAUUGGUAGCAUGUUUUUUUUCAUAUUUGUAGUAAUAAAAAUAGAUGUGG